GGAAUCUCGCAUCCAGCGGUAUGUUUACGACUCUUGUCACCGGACCAUUUCCAUCCCGAAAAGCAAGACCAAAAAAAAAGAGGGAACAAAAAAAAAAGGCAUCCUAGCUAACAACUCUCUCAAUACAUUCAGACAAGCGCCUGCGCUCCCAAGCCCUGACCUCCCUCCAAACCUUCCUGACCGCCCAAAGGGCGCUCGACCGCCUCACGGCCCUCAAGCUCUGGAAAGGCCUCUUCUUCGCCCUCUGGAUGUGCGACAAGCCGAUCCCGCAACAGAACCUCUGCGCCGAGCUCGCCGACCUCUACACCUCUCUCCCUGCGCACAGGAAGAAGGACAAGCGGAAUGACAACGGUACAGAAGCAACAGGCGGCGGCGGCUUGGUGUCGAUAUGGUUCGCCGCGGCGUGGGAGGUGCUCGCGACCCACUGGACCGAGAUCGACGUGCUGCGGAUGGACAAGUUCCUCCUCCUGACGAGGCGCGUUUUCGCGGCGCAGCUGCGGUGGGUGCGCGACGCGGCGUGGGACGAGGGGAGGCAGGGGUCCGUCGUUGACGUGUUGAAGGCUUGGCCGUUUGAGAGCGAGGGGGAUGUGGCGAGGGUGCCGCUCGGUUUAAGGCUUCACGCGCUUGAUAUCUGGGUGGACGAGAUGGAGAGGUUGGGCAUGUUGGGGGAGGAUGAGGGAGACCAGGCGGAGGGGGAGGAGGAACGACAGCGAGAGGGGGAUGCGAUUGCGGUGCGCUUUGCGGAGAAGAUGCGGAGGCAGCUGAUUGAGCCUCUGACGUCUUGUCCGGUCAAGCCGGUGAGGAAGAGCGCAGGGGAGCAGCUGGAGGACGACAGGCUGCCCUGGGUUCGGAGGAAGCAAGCCGAUGAUGGCGAGGCGGCGGAAGAAGAUGAUGAGUGGGGUGGUAUCGAGGAUUGAUGGGCUCGCAGGCGGCCUGUCUCUGCAUGCAUUUACAGGGCGCUGGGGCGUUAGGUUAGAUUCCGGGGGUGUUUUCAGUGUUUUCAGUGUUUUUGAUCACUGCUCCCCCUCGAGCCAAUCCGGCUCUUUCUAGAAAAGUUUGAUUCAUCCCUUUUUAAAAAGAAAAGUCCGUGUGCAUUCCCAGGCCCCUCUCGCUUGUUUGUUCAGUCAAUGGUCUUACUAGUAGAGACUAUUUAAUUAACAUGAGCUCGCUGAUGCCCCAUGGCAUUCAUUUUCGCAAGGGAAAACAGUCGGCUGAU